GGUGCAGCACCGAGACGGAGUACGGAGAGACAGCCGGCUGGCGCGCAGCAUGGCGCGGGAGCUGAGCCAGGAGGCCGUGCUGGACUUCCUCUGGGGGGCUGGGGGCCGAGCGCCCAACGCGGCGCUGCUCCGCCACUUCCAGCGCUUCCUCCGCGACCCGGCGCUGACGGAGCAGCAGCGGCGGGAGCGCCGCGAAUACUUCAAGAGCCUCGUCAAUUCCCUGGCAACCGUCCACCCGGCCGCCGUCCCCGGCGCCUCCAAGGACAUCGUCCUCCGUCGCAGGUACCGCGAUCUCCUCGAUGAGGAGCUACCGCCGCCGCCGCCGCCGGAGGAACAGCGGGACGAGGAAAAGCAGGAGCCGCCGCCGUCCCGACGCGACCCCGACCGGCGGCGCGGCCCCCACGGGGAGGCGGCGGCGAAGGGUCGUCCCGGUGGGGGGGAGCCGCCGGGGGCCGCCGUCGCGAGGGGCUGCGCCGCCCGGGGCCGCGGCGGCCCCUGCUGCGAGUGCCGCCGGGCGCGCCGCGCCGCCGCCGCCCCCCCGCCGGUCCCCGGGCCGCCGUCCCCCGCCGGGCCGCCCCGCUCCCGCUCCCCGCCGCCGCCCCCCGCGCAGCCGCCCCCGUACCGGACCCAGCCGCUGUCCUCGGGGGCUUGGACGCUUCAUCCUGCCGGGACACCGCGCUCCUGGACACCGGUGCUGCCGUCGGGUCCUGGGGCACUUAACCCCGCUGGGCCGUUUCCGUCCCGAUCGCCGCUGCCGCUUCCCGCCGAGCCGCCCCCAUACGAGACUCUGCAGCCGCCCUCUGCUAGACCGUCCCGGUCCCCGUCCCCACCGCUGCCCCCGAAGCCCGGGGUGCUGCCUUCCGCUGGGUCGGCCCCGGUCGGGUCCCUGCCACCACAACGCCCUAGAGGGCCGCCCCCAACCCAGUCCCCCGCACUGCCAUCGGGCCCCGGGGUGUCGGCCCCCGACUGUCUCAGGCUGUCUCAGCCCCGGUUUCCGCCGCAACCCCACCGCAGGAUGCCACUGCUGAAGGCCCUACCACCCUCCGCAGGCCCAGGAGGGCGGCCCCUCCUUGGACCAUCUCAGUCUGCGUCGCUGUCAUCGGGUCCCAGGGCGCUAUCCCCCCACGAGCUGCCCCUAUCCCGGCCCCGACAGCCACCCCUCGCCGAGCCGCCGCGGUCCCAGUCUAUGCUGCUGCUGUCCGCCCCAGGGGUGCUGCCCCUGUCCCGGUCGCUGCAGGAGCUCCCUUCCAGCCCCUCCUCAUCCACACCGCGUCUGUCAGGCCCAGAUGCAUUACCCUCCACCGGGCUGCACUCGGCACAGUCCACGUCCCUGCAGCAACUCCCCACCAAACCGUCCUCGUCCCCGUCCCUGCCAAAGGGAUGCAGAGGGCUGACCACCAACAGAUCAACCCAAUCUCAAAUCCUGUUGCCGUAUCCAAGACAAACCCUGCCACUGCCAUCAGGUCCUGGUGUGCUGUCCCCCACCCAACCAUCCCCAUCCCAAUCCCUUCAUCAGUCUCCUAACCGGCCACUGUCAUCACAGUCCCAGCAGCCAGCCUCUGCCAGGUCACCCUCUUCCCAGUCCUUGCUGCCAGCACAGCAAGGGAACAGGUCCCAAGCCCCAGAGAGCAGCUCCUCAGCAUCACUGCCUGUCUUCAAGAGCAUCAGGUGCCAGCUUGCUCUGUUGGAGGUGCAGAGCAUCCCCCCAUCACUGACAAAUGACUGUGGGCGGCAGUCCCGCACCGUGUCCUCCAAGAGGACAUCCCCUAGGAAUGUCCCAAACCGGGGUCUGUCAGUGCCUCUGGGGCGGCGGGAGCACGCCUGGCUAGUGGCAGUGUCAGAGGGGCGCUGGGCUCGGGUGCGGGGGCUCUUCCUGGAAGAGCCGGAGCUGGCCUUGCAGCGGGACUUCAUGUCAGGCUUCACGGUCCUUCACUGGCUGGCCAAGCACGGCGACGGGCCAGGCCUGCAGGAACUGGCGACGGCAGCGCGGCAGGCUGGACUGGCCCUGGACGUGGACGCCCGCUCGGGCUGCGGCUACACUCCGCUGCACCUGGCUGCCAUACACGGCCACCAGCUCGUCAUCAAGGUGCUGGUGCUGCAGCUGGGGUGCAAGGUGCAGGUGCGGGACAGCAGCGGGCGCCGGCCCUGGGAGUACCUGGGUAGCUCCACCUCAGGGGAGAUCUGGCAGCUCCUGGAGGCACCCCGGGGUACCAUUAUGUUCCCCACACAGCCCCUGGCGCACAGCGUGUCCUCUGUCAGCAAGGUGUCUCUGUCCCAUGGCAGGGCGGCACUGCCCACCUGCCUCAGGCCCCAGCACGGCCGUGGGGCAGCAUCCCACCGAACCAGCGGCAAGAGCCACUGA